AUGAAUGUGUCGGGGAUCACCCGGGAGAAUGCAGGAAGAAAAGGCGUUUGGUUUGAUAUCUGUCUACCUGUAUAGAGAGAUUAAUAUCUAUUCUCUCCAUCCCCGCCGUGGCAGACCCGAGUGGCGGCAGCCGGGCCGGAGACCUGGGAGUCCCGCAGGACGCGCUUUCCCCACCCCGGCCUCCAAGGCCCCUUGCCCUCCGCUGCUCCAGGCGGCAGGGGCAGUGCGCAACUGCGGGCACCUCCGGGUGACUCUCACUAGCAGUGAGUCACGCUCCCGGGAUGCCUCUGGGGAAAGGUAGCUCGGCUCGUGCUGGCCUGUGCUUUCCCCGCGCCGGGAGCCGCGGCUGCUGGGCGGGCGAGCGCGCGCGCGCGCACGGCUUCUCCGCGCAGUGAUGUGGCAGCAGCCGCGGGUCGGAUCACGUUGCUGGCCCUGUGCUGGUACCGGUUUGAGACAGGAUUAAGGAGGGAGGCUGUGGCGGUGCCAGCGGUAGUAAACGUGGGCUCUGCACACUCCCGGCGUCGCUUAUCGCACGAGGGGGGAGGGGGCGAGGAAAGCACGCAGCGCCACCCAAGGCGCGGAGGGGCGGCGGAGUUUCGCCCUCGAGUGAUACUGCUGCAUUGCUUCUCCGCGGUAGCCCCUCUCGUGCCACCCCAUCCUCUCCCCGUCCCUCCCCGCCGCGUUCCUCGGGGAACGCCAGAGGCCCCAAACGUCGUCAUCUGCGGCUGUGAUUAGUGGCACCGCAAUUCCGGCUGCUGCGGGAAGUUUGGGUGGCCCAGGGACACCGUGUGGCCGCAAGACACUUGGAUUGCGACAUUCUGACCCACUGGCUACAUUUUCAUGUAUUUUAAAUCCUUCACAGGGAGCGGAUUUCAGGUUGUCCCUUUUCGGGGCAACCUCCAAUCAGGGCUAAGGGGUACCCCCGGCCACCGAGCGGUGAGCAAACAAGUCUCUAAAUAGUCCUUUGGGACUGAAGUUGACCCACCGCGAAUUCUCUUUCUCUUUCCUUUUUCUGGUCCAAACCAACAGCACAGUCGCUGGAAAAGCAAAAAGCCACGUUCACGUUCCUGAACCGUAAUGACGGACGGAUUGAGGGAGUCGCACUUCCGAGCCCAGGAAGCCCUGGCUGCCCCGCACCCCCGGCGCCCCCUCCCACUCCCCAAGCGGACAGCACUGCCCUCGGGAAGAUGAAUAGCUUGGCUGAAGUUGUUUUUCCUUUCCGGUGGCCCUGAUCAGGUGUCCCCGCCCCCUCCCGCCGUUCGCCUUCCCUCGCAGCCUUCUCCCGACGCCCCCUCCCGGCCCGGCCCCUCCUCCCCCGCCCCCCUCCGGGCUGGACCGCGGAUGGUACGUUCCGCACGUGAGCUGGGUGCUGGUCUGGCCGGCGACGCGCGUGCCCUGUGGCCAAACACUGCCCGGAGUGAGAGCAAACUACCAGCGCAGUGGGGCUGGCGCGAGUGUGCGUGCGUGUGUGUGCGUGUGUGUGCGAGAGAGCGAGCGCGGUGGGAGGGGGGGACCAACUGCUUCACACUUUCAACACUGCACUGAAGAGGGAGAGAGAGAGAGACUGGAGACGUACAGAUCCCCCAAGAUCUCCCAAAGCUACCGUCCCACAGAUUAUAGAACAGAACCCCAAAAAUCGAAACAGAGGAAACGGACAGCGAUUGAACAUGGACGAAGGAAUUCCUCAUUUGCAAGAGAGACAGUUACUGGAACAUAGAGAUUUUAUAGGACUGGAUUAUCCCUCUUUGUAUUUGUGUAAGCCCAAAAGGAGCAUGAAGCGAGACGAUAGCAAGGAUACCUACAAAUUGCCGCACAGAUUAAUAGAAAAGAAACGAAGAGACCGAAUUAAUGAAUGCAUUGCCCAGCUGAAAGACUUACUGCCCGAACAUCUAAAGUUGACAACUCUGGGGCAUCUGGAGAAAGCGGUAGUCUUGGAAUUAACUUUGAAACACUUAAAAGCUUUAACAGCCUUAACGGAGCAGCAGCAUCAGAAGAUAAUUGCUUUACAGAAUGGGGAGCGAUCUCUGAAAUCGCCCAUUCAGUCCGACUUGGAUGCGUUCCACUCUGGAUUUCAAACAUGCGCCAAAGAAGUCUUGCAAUACCUCGCCCGGUUUGAGAGCUGGACGCCCAGGGAGCCGCGGUGUGUCCAGCUGAUCAACCACUUGCACGCCGUGGCCACCCAGUUCUUGCCCACCCCCCAACUGCUGACUCAACAGGUUCCUGCGAGCAAAGGCACCGGCGUGCCCUCGGCGGCCGCCCCCGCCGGGUCCGGGGCCGCCCCCGGCCUGGAGCGCGCCGGGCAGAAGCUGGAGCCCCUCGCCCACUGCGUGCCGGUCAUCCAGCGGACUCAGCCCAGCGCCGAGCUCGCCGCCGAGAACGACACGGACACUGACAGCGGCUACGGUGGCGAGGCCGAGGCCCGGCCGGACCGCGACAAGGGCAGAGGCGCGGGGGCGAGCCGCGUCACCAUCAAGCAGGAGCCCCCCGGGGAGGACUCGCCGGCGCCCAAGAGGAUGAAGCUGGAUUCCCGCGGCGGCGGCGGCCCGGGAGGCGGCGCGGCGGCGGCGGCGGCCGCGCUCCUGGGGCCCGACCCGGCCGCCGCGGCCGCUCUGCUGAGACCCGACGCCGCCCUCCUCAGCUCGCUGGUGGCGUUCGGCGGAGGCGGGGGCGCUCCCUUCGCGCAGCCCGCGGCCGCCGCGGCCCCCUUCUGCCUGCCCUUCUACUUCCUCUCGCCUUCGGCGGCCGCCGCCUACGUGCAGCCCUUCCUGGACAAGAGCGGCCUGGAGAAGUACCUGUACCCGGCGGCGGCCGCCGCCCCGUUCCCUCUGCUGUACCCCGGCAUCCCCGCCCCGGCCGCCGCCGCCGCCGCUGCCGCCGCCGCCGCCGCCGCCGCCUUCCCCUGCCUGUCCUCCGUGCUGUCGCCCCCUCCCGAGAAGGCGGCCGCCGCCGCCGCCGCCGCCGCGACCCUCCUGCCGCACGAGGUGGCGCCCCCUGGGGCGCUGCACCCCCCGCACCCGCACGGCCGCACCCACCUGCCCUUCGCCGGCCCCCGGGAGCCGGGGAACCCGGAGAGCUCUGCUCAGGAAGAUCCCUCGCAGCCAGGAAAGGAAGCCCCCUGAACCCUCGCUCCCCUCAGGAGGGAGCAGGGUGCACGCGGAAUAACGCUGUUAAGUUAAAACGCCCUUUCACGUUUUUAAAGGAGGAAGUGUAAGAGAUGCACGACAGGCUUUUUUAAAAAAACAAAAACAAAAAACAAAAA